AUGGGCAUGCCUUCUCAUGUCAAAGAAAGUAUUAAACAAGCCCAGCUGGUGCUGGAGUCUUUGAAACAAGAUCAUGAACAGGCCUUGUCCGCCCUAAGCACGUAUUGUAACUCAGCAAAUAGUUAUUCAACAAUAAAUUGUAAUACGGGUUCGGAAUGUGAUAAAGUUUUCAAUCAAGAAAAAAUUCCACUAAUCCAGGCGGCACUAAGGCAAAUCGAGAAGGGUUUGGAUGAUUCGGAGGAAAAUGAGUCCUUACUCGCUCAAACUGAAGUUGAAAAGAAACAUCUUGAAUUUUUGCUUGAUUUGAAGAAAUACGACCACUUUUCUCCCAGUAAUCUUGGGAUUGAACAAAAUUCAUGUUUCGAAAGUUCGGAAAAUGAGCCACCAAGAAUGGUGACAUCUGUUCUUGGUCUUAUGAGUACAUCAAACCACAUAAAUGUUUCUAAUCAUGUAGACCGAUUCACUGUACACAACAAACCACCUAAGUUGAAUGUUUCUAAUCUGUCACCAGUUGCAACGUGCAGUCAUUUUCAAUUGAGUGGAAUUAUGUCUAGCAGCCUGUUGGAUACUGAUUUAGAUUCAUUGUCCGUAAACGGACAUCGCAAAAAUAAUGAUUCACAUGCUGUGAACGAACAUCAAAAUUCUCAGUCAAUUCAUGUUCCUCCAGGACUAAGAACAUUAUAUCAUAUAGUUAUACGCUAUACAAGUCAAGGAAAACAUGACGUUGCAGCGUCCUUAUGUUUACAAACUAUUCGAGAUUUAGAAGAAGCUGGUGGGCGUGAUCAAGCUGAAGUUGCUGCUUUACUGAACAUUUUAGCUCUGGUUUAUCGAGAUCAAGGUAAGAUCAAGGAUGCUUCUGAUAUCCUCAAAGAGGUGGUCUCUAUACGGGAGAAGGUUUUUGGAUCCAAUCAUGUGUUGGUUGCAGCUGCUCUAAACAAUUUGGCUGUUUUACAUGCCAAAGUUGGUCGCUUUAUUGAAGCCGAACCAUUGUGUCGACGAGCACUUAGCAUACGUGAGAAUUUAUUAGGUGCAGAUCAUUUGGAUGUUGCAAAGCAGUUGAAUAAUUUAGCAUUACUUUGUCGAAGUCAAGGCAAGUUCGAAGAAGUUGAAUCUUUGUUUCGACGGACUUUAGACAUAUAUGCGAAACACCACAAGCCAUCAUCACCUAUUGUACGAAAAGCUAAAACUAAUUUGGCUUCUGCUUUAAUGAAACGUCAAAAGUUUACAGAUGCCGAAUACCUUCUUAAGUCGGUUCUGACACCAGAUCGUUUUUACACUUCACUGCAAGGUGGAAGCCAAGUGAAUAAUAUAUCUCAGUCAGUAAGUGUUGAACCUGAUUCUGCAAUCUAUUCAAUUUCCUCACUUGGCAGCAGUCAUAUGAGUUACAGUGGUUAUCGUAGCGCUCCCAUAGAUGAUGUUACACUGUGUGAUUCAGGAGACCAGUCUGUGCUAAUAGAUUCGUCUGAACGACGAGUUGAUCCGCUAUGGGUAAUACUAGAACAACGACUUAAAGAAAAUAAUGGUGGUCGACAAUUUUCACUUGUUACAUGGGCUUCCGAAGCAAGAAUAGAAUUGUAA